AUGAGAUUCCAUCCCUUUCAAACCACUACGCCCCACAUCGCGUACGCCGUGUUGGGCGGCUUCGUUGUCAUAUUCGGAAUGUUGUCACUUUUUAUACGUGAAAAGCUAUACAUGGGCGAAGCGUUGUUGGCCUUCCUGUUCGGCAUCAUUAUUGGUCCUUAUGGUGCAAAUAUCUUCAAUCCCCGCGGCUGGGGCGGAGGGAACCCUGAUACCGUCAAUACUAUCGUUCUUGAAUUUACCCGUGUGGUAUUAGCCAUCGGAGUAUUUGCGAUAGGAGUAGAACUCCCGAAACAAUACAUGAAGAGGCACUGGAAGAGUUUGUUCUUUCUUCUGUGUCCUGUAAUGACGUGGGGCUGGUUCGUAUCAGCGGGGCUGAUAUACGCGCUGAUUCCUGGACUCAACUUUCUUUCGUCGUUGGCAGUUGCGGCAUGUCUCACUCCAACAGACCCUAUCCUUGCGGCUGCGGUUAUUGGCGGCAAGUAUGCAGACAAACAUGUCCCUGCUCAUCUGCGUCACUUACUCGCCGCAGAGAGCGGUUGCAAUGAUGGCGCCGCCUUCCCUUUUCUAUUCAUCGCACUCUAUCUCACUUUGGACUCGACGACUGGUAGGGCCAUCGAAGACUGGUUUUUAGUUCUCUGGCUAUAUCAGGUCAUGUUGGGUGUUGUACUCGGCGCUCUUAUUGGGUUCGGCUUCCGCCACCUCAUGAAGUUUUGCGAACGCAAGGACCUUAUUGACAGGCAGUCUUACGUUGCGCAGUACGUCUCGCUUGCGAUACUCACUAUCGGAGUUUGUACACUGCUUGGAUCAGACGACUUGCUUGCUGCCUUCUCAUGCGGCACCGCAUUCGCAUGGGAUGGGUUCUUCAACAAACAGACGGAGGAGGCUGUCUUUUCGUCCGUCAUUGACCUCCUCUUCAACAUUGCUGCUUUUGUGUUUGUCGGAGCAUGGAUGCCUUUCCAUCAGUUCUCGGACCCUGAGCUCACGCUCACACCGUGGCGGUUGAUCGUGAUCGCGAUCUUGGUGCUUCUGCUGCGAAGGCUGCCUAUCAUGGUCGCCUUAUACAGGUGGAUCCCGGAUGUGAAGACGUUCCGCGAGGCUGUUUUUAGCGGGCAUUUCGGUCCUAUAGGUGUUGGUGCCGUCUUCAUCUCCACACUCGCAGCCCAGCAAUUGCCAAAGCCUGCAUCGCCACCUGAAGGCCAGGCGCAGUUGCUCGCCGCAUCAAUCCAGCCCAUUGUCGCAUUCAUGGUGUUGUGCUCCGUUACGAUACACGGGCUGUCCAUUCCCUUCUUCUCUCUUGGGCGACGCGUCCACUCCGUGUCGCGCACGUGGUCGCGACACGACACUUUCGGCACGUUCAGCAUCAGCCGAUCAGGGCCCUUGCUGCCAGAAUGGACGACACAGACGCGGCGGAUUGUCCCAGGCGAGGAUGUGGUGAUCAACCGCGACAGUGACACGGAGCGCGGGAUCUUGCGCUCGCCCGAGAAGGAGAACGUCACGCCUGAUAGCUCUGUGAACCAGGAGGGCGAAGGGAGCCGCCCGCCCCAGGGGGAGAAACACGUCCACAUGGAGAAGAAGCAAGAGUCGGGAACCCGGGAGUACCCGCCAGAUGGCACGGAGACUGUUGCAGAGUGGAAGGAGGGGCCGCAUAACAUUGUAGAAAGGCGCACUGGUCCUGGCUCGGAGGUGGAAGUGGAGGUGCAGAGAGAUGCCUUCGGUCCACGUGAAUCUGCGUCUGAUACGCUCCGCGAUGCGGGAGAUGCGGCGCAGUCUACUAUCCAGAACGCCAGACAACGGAUUAGGCGCGUACCCAAUGACCUCGAGCAUUUGUUCGAGAGAGCGGAGGAGGGGCUGCAGGAGGAGACACACGAGAUGGAACGGACAGUGGCCACAGCAGAAAACCGCCUCGGUAUGGAAGGCGCCCACGAGGAGGAAGACGAGGGGUGGAUGUCCGACACGAGUGACAGGCGACCGGAAGUUUCGACGUCAACCGAGGGCAAGGAAAAGAGUCGUUCGAGGUCACCGAAGAAGCCAGGCAAACUGCCAUCUCUUAGGCCGACAUUAACCACGACGCGCAGGAGGUCGUCGAUCCGUCGGGGCGUGCUCGCCAUCCGUACGUCAAGACGACUUAGCGGAUCCGACGCAGCAUCUCGGCCACCCGAAGAUUCGGACGGUGAACCGAGCCCUGAGACGGCGGGGGAGCACCACAGCAGGCCUGAGGUGCGCCCCGGCAGCGCGUCGCGGCCGUCGAGCUUGCGGCAUGCACGCGUCGACUCUCUGCGUUCGUCCGAGUCGCCUCGCUCCCGCGAACACUCUCCAACACGUUCCGUUCGCUUUGCCAUAUCCCCUACCCCGAGUGGGUACAAUUCACCCCGGAUAACGUCGCCAUCGUCCCCUGUAACGCCUCUGCCUGGCAGCGAGGCACCGUCCGAAGAUGAGCGUGAGGUAGUCGACUCACCUCGCGCCCAGGUCCGGUUCAACUUACCAACCGCUGGUGAGGCGUCGUGA